AUGGAGAUAAAGAAGCUCGCGGCCCCGACGGAUAUCGCCGGAACCCACUUCGCCGAGAUCCCUGAAUCCGCCCAGGAACGGUUGACGAUGGAUGUCGUCAGGUCAUCCCGGCCGGACAAGCCGUAUCAGCGCACCUACAAGGCCUGCAUCCCUUGCCGGCAAAGGAAGGCCAAGUGCGACCUAGGAACAGGCCCAGAUGGCCUUCCGAUCGGCCCACCAUGUGCGCGCUGCCGAAGGGAACUAAGGGAAUGUGUGUUCCCUGAAAAACGGGCCUGGGAAAGGUCCCGCAAGCGAGCGCGGUCACCGGAGAGCUAUGAAGCCGAUGUAUCACCCCGACACGCCAGGCAACCUACGACGACCUCACCUGCUAGUUCUGUCCUCGCACAAGGACAGACCCUCAAUCCGCAUACAAGGGGUGUAGUCAACCCAUCACCCGAGACCAACUUUCAUCAAGAGCCCAACUUUCCGUCGGGAUGGCCAUAUCCUCGGGAUGAAACAAGGUCCCAUCGUGGCUCCCUUGAUCACCCUUCCGCAGGGCCUUCACGGACUGAUCAUUCCCCUUCUCAUGCAUAUGAAAAUAAUAGACACCGAGCAAAUUCUACACUUGCGAGCUCUAUGAUGCGUACUGUUGUUGCAAGUGGCAAUGAUGCCCUCAACAUUCUCUUCGAGGCUGCAACUGCCCAAGAAGAUAUUAACCCUGAUACUAGCUCCGAAUCAAUAGCUGGGCCGCCCUCGGCAGGUUCGAAUACUCAAGAUCGAACACCCAGAAACUACAAUACCACCUUUGAAACGGUGGCACGGGUAAUUCAUCCUGUGAAGCUAUCCGACGCAACCCAAGACACUCUCAAUGUCUGGGAAGCUUGUCGAUUUGUCAAGAUGGGCUGGUUUACCGCUAGAGAGGCUGUUACUUUUAUUGAUCUGUUCUAUAAGAAUAUGUCCUGUUUAUCUCCGAUUCUAACUGAUUUCUACGCCAACCAUCGAUACCACUACUGGCUGAUUACUCGAGAGCCAGUGCUAUGCUCCACUAUUCUCAUGAUCUCCUCCCGCUAUCACGUCCUUCCCGGGGCAGGGGGAGAGUCGAGGAAUUUCUUUAUUCACCACCGACUAUGGUCGCAUUGCCAAAAAUUGACGAUGCGGCUGAUAUUUGGACAAGAAAAAUCCACAAAAUCCAAGGUGCGGAGCCUGGGUACUGUGGAGGCGCUUCUGUUGAUGUCAGAAUGGCACCCUCGCGCCUUACAUUUUCCACCCGAGACGGAUGGCUGGGACGAUGAUUUAAUCCCAUCAGCCCCCACGAAUCAUGAGAACAAUGAUCCAAACUCAGCUGGCAGUCGCGGGGUAGAAGAUAUCAUUGAGCCAGCACGCCGAUCUGACCAAAUGUCCUGGAUGUUGCUUGGAUGUGCGCUCUCUCUUGCACACGAGCUGGGCAUUUUCGACACACAAGGAAGUAGCUCAUCAGCCGACGAGCCAGAAUGGAGAGAUCAGAUGGAAAUUCGUUGGCAGCGUGUACAGCGUCUGCUAUACGUCUACAUCAAUCAAUUGGCUUGGCGGAUUGGAUGCAUGUCACCGAUCCCUCAAUCACUUAACCAUUCUAUCCUGGGUGGACGGAAGCCAGAAGGGCUGGGACCACCGGGCAGCACGUGGUUGACAUUCAUGGAUUCGUGGAUUGAGCUCACCAAGCUAGCCAAGUCUGUUACUGAUAUGUUCUUCCCCUCUGCUGCGUUUGCACGCCAGCAACUACACAGCGGCCGAUACGUUGGUCUUCUUGAGCAUUUCCGACCUCUUCUAAAUCAAUGGAAAGACAAGUACCUGCAGCCCCAAGUACUUGAUCAAGCAUUCUACAACGAUCUGUUCAUCGAAUACCACUUCGUCCGCGUCUACACCCAUUCCGUGGGAAUGCAAGCAGUAGUGGAACGUGCUGUCGCAGAAAACGACCCCAACAACUUCGACGGAGUGCGACCCAUGACCAUCGACUCAACAGACUACGAAUACAUUCAAGAGGUAAUCGACGGAUGUGGCCAGAUUUUGCAAAAAGUCACCCAUCUAGCCGAAGCAGGGGCGCUACGGUUUUCCCCAGUUCGAAUUGUCCUUCGCAUAACCAGCGCUUCAAUCUUCUUGAUGAAAGCGCUCAGUCUGGGCACACGGCAAGCCAAACUCCAGGAAUCAAUUGAAAUACUAGAAAAGAGCAUCAAAGCGCUCAAGUCAAACGCCUUGGAUGAUGUCCAUCUGAGCACACGCUAUGCCACGCUGCUAGACAUGCAUGUGUCACGCUUGCGGCGCAAUCUGCUGGCAUCGUCGAAAUCCAUAAAGAGUAGUCGAGACCCGACGCGAAGAUCAUCCAUGGGGCCUCCUACUUGGCCGGAAAAUGGUGACCAGUCAAAUCCCAUGAGGACCCCUGUAGCGCAGGACCCACCUCCGGAUCUGGGAUUCAUCCCAUCCUUGAAUGAUAUCGGUGCAGAUAACUGGCUUUCCUUGCCAUUUGAUCCAUCGAUGGCGCCGUUUGAUAUGAGCCAUGGAUGUCAAUUUCCGAUGUAUGAAGGUGGAACAUUAGAUUUUCUCUGGAAUCUGCCAUCGUGA